AUGAAGCACUCAACAUCACCGACGCCCCUUUAUCCAAGGAGUACCUCUCCUUUGCCAGCCCCAGCUAACUAUCAGCCAACUACAGCCAGUGCAGCAGUCAAAAGAUACAAAUAUCUUAGGAGAUUAUUUAAAUUCAAUCAAAUGGACUUUGAAUUCGCCGCCUGGCAAAUGGUAUACCUUUUUAUCGCCCCACAGAAGGUGUUCAGAAAUUUUAACUAUAGAAAACUAUCGUCAAUAUGUUUCUCGGUGGCAAUAGGACUGAGUGUGAAGAGGAUCGCCGGUUUCGUAUUCUUUGUCGUGUUCAUAGACUUCAUUGGACUUGGUAUAUUAGUAUCUACAUUUUUCUGGUAUCUCAGUAAUAAGUACUUGUGUAUCCCGGGUGGUGGUGACGUUGAGUGGGGCUAUGCAUUCGAUGUUCACAUCAACGCGUUUUUCCCACCGCUGUCACUAUUGCAUUGUUUCCAGAUACUAUUAUUUAACCAUGUACCAAUGUUGAAGAACGCUAGAGCAUUCCUGUUUCCUCUACCAAUACUGUUCCUUCUAUAUAUCUGCACAUUGUUUGCUGACUACAACCUCAGUGUUAAACUAAUCCAUUUCUAUGAAGCGAGACACUCUUAG